GAAAUUGGUAAAUGCCCUGUCCAAUAUGGCGGCUCUGAGUCACGUGAAUUCGAGUGAGUUCCUUCUAGGCGUUUGGUUCCGUACGGAUUAGUGAGCAGUGUGACCUGCGGAGAGGCGAUGCUUGCAGCUAAUAGACUGGCCGUCAGACUUCGUCAGACUGCAUGGCGGUCGGCAUUGGCUGGCACCGUGUCAGCCCGGGGAUGUCGCGGCGAGGCACCAGGAGAUUCCGGCCGCAACAUGAUGGAGAUUCCCUUACCGCCUUGGGAGGAGAGAGCGGGGGAGCCCAUUGACAUAAAGAGGCGGAGGCUUCUGUAUGAGAGUCGCAAGAGAGGCAUGUUGGAGAAUUGCAUCCUACUCAGUUUGUUUGCCAAGCAAUACCUGAACACCAUGACUGAGGCUCAGCUAAAGCAGUAUGACCGGCUGAUCAACGAGCCAAGUAAUGACUGGGACAUCUAUUACUGGGCCACAGAGGCCACACCGACACCUGCCUGCUAUCAGGGAGAAGUGAUGCACCUGUUGCAGGAAUUUGCCAAGAACAGACAACAGGAGCAGAGGCUUAGGGCACCAGACCUGGAGUAUCUGGACACUGGAAAUCAGUGAUACAUCUGGCUUUAGUUCUGCUCUGGCUGCACCGAUUUCAUUUCUCCACCCAUUGGAUACAUUUGCAUGUCUGUUAGAUGAGACACAACAUUGCAGCCUCCAUAAUGUCACCAGUUGAGCCUCUGCAGCUAGGGAGAUAUUAAAAGCGUUUGCGUGUACAUGAAAUAUUUAUACAGUAGAUUAGUAAAGCUCAAUAUAUGUCUGGCCAGAUCAGUAGCAUUUAACUGUCUCUUGGGCCUGUCUACACCAGUAAGAGGGAAUCAUAUGAAGACCAGAGAUUAAUGUCAGUCACCAGUAGAGUUAAGGCGUCCAACCCAUGGGGAGGAUCUGUGCUUUUCUUUACCACUGCAUCACUUUCCAGUUCGGUAAAACCAGUGAGCAGAUCUCAGAAAAGCAAAGUGAUUGGUCCCAGUGAGGCUUGUACGCCGAGGUGCUGUCACUGGUGCUGGGAAGUCAUAUGCUAAUCUUUGUGCUUUCUGCUAUGAUGCAGUGUCUGAUGGAGAAUAACUACUUGACGUAGAUAUACAUAGAUCAUCGGCUUUAAUGGUUACGACUUAAACCUGUCAGAUAAUUAAAUUAAAUUAAAUUAAAUUAAGUGGAAAGAGUUUUGCUCAAAAUUUCUGACUUCAGCAUUUCAAAAUAAAUGUAUAUAGAAGCAGCGCCACCUAGAGGCAGGAUGUUAUUCUUUGCUCUGAGUCACGACGCACCGCUGUCCAGGAAUAAAGACUCGAGGAAGGAAUCAUGUCACAGAGCCAUGGAGAAAUGUGCGUGUUUUAAAGCUUUCUCUUGGUCAACUGCUUUCUGCUCACUAAUUUUGUUUUUAGUCAAUAUUUGGGAACCGGUGUUGCAUAAUAGCAAAAUAUGCUAGGCGAAGCAAACCGUACUGUCUAUGGAAGGAAAUUAGCCCCAAACAGCUGAUUUUAUUACUUGCAAAGAUAUGAGCAUUACUUGGUGAGGAGUUCUACUAUAAUCAAGGUGGAUUUUCUCAUUCAAUAACUGCAAGUGAUGACCACUGGAGGGCAGUAAAAUCCUGCAGUAGAACAGUAUAUAUGGCGCGAACUUAAAGGGUUUUUGACCAAAUUGACCUCAACUGGCAGGGGUACUGUAAAGGCGGGGGGAGUUAGGACAAUUCCACACAGGGGCCCUAAAAAAUUUGGAAUAUAAUUGCAUUGGUAUUGGUUGGGGGCCCAUAUGAUGUGCUUCCUUGGGCCCCUGAUAUCUCUAGCAUAACCCCUAUCAACAGGUAAAUUUACCAUGGGCACCCCAACAACUGCUAAUGUGUAUCAUUUUUCUAACAAAAAUCAAUAUUUUUCUUGCUGCAGGUACCAUAAGUAAAUAAAUAAUGUUAUUUGGUACCAUACUUUGUAAAUAUUAUUCCCAAACAAUAAUGUAUUCAUUGAGUCCACAGGUGAUAAUCUUUAUUGAUACAACACUUGUAGAAAUUGUAAGGUCUGCAAUUUAAAUACCAGAUGAAAAUUCUUUAUAUGUAAUUACUUAGGUACAUUUAUGUGCCCUUUCCAUGUCAGUCUAUAUACUGUAUGCACUUUACACUUCUGUCAUUCUCAUUUUGUUCCUCAGUUAAUUUUUCUCAUUCUCUGUUUCAAAUUAUUGCCCUCCCCCAGCCAUUCUCUCCAUCUGUCCUCCAAGGCUGCAGACCAUCAGAGCCUGUCUCUGCCUAACAGCUGCUGACAGAGAGAAGCUUCCUACCUAUCUCUAUCUCCCAGACAUAUCAUGUCAGCUCUGUGGCACUGGGCUUUUCCUCCACAGACAGCAGCGUUGAGAUGCCUGGGGAAAGGGGAGGGGGGCCAUCUAGGGCCACAGUUUAUUGCAGACACAUAACGGGGGGGCGGCUGCCAUAGAGCACUGCAGUCACUGCUUCACUGCUUGAUAUGGCUGUUUGGCUGCAUGUCACUGAAUGUGCGUCUUCAGAAAAGUGUGUGUUUCUGUUGGUUCGUCGACAUGUUCUCCUUGACUCCAGGAACACUUGCUUGUUCCCACUUUGAUAUGUGAAGUAUAAAUGGAAAUUCAAAAGCUUUUGUUACGGAACGUAAAGAUUUAUAAAUCUCAAUAGCACAAAAAGCAUCAGGUUUAGAUAUCCUGCACUUAUACUAGAAACCCUUGUUAUUGUAGAAAUCCAAAUAAAUGAGAAAUACGUUGUAAGUAUCUGA